AUGACCAAUUACCCACCCUUUCCAACCGACGGGACUGUAGCUGUACAGGAUCUCCUCGUUGUUGACUACAAGCUCCUUAAAGAGGGAGAUCAAGAACAAGCUAAUAUUCUCUGGGAAGCAGCGACAAAGUGGGGGUUCUGGUACCUGAAGAAUCAAGAAGCUGAGAGUUUCGUUGAACCCAUGUUCAAAAUGGGACAAGAAACUCUUUCUCUUCCGUUCGAGGAAAAAAUGAAAUAUUGGCAGGGUAACAAGGGUGCUUCUUUUGGGUACAGGGCGGCCGGUGCAACAUACGUAGAUGUGGACGGGUCCACGGACGCCUCAGAAUUUAUUAAUAUUUCAAAGGACGACGCCAUGGCAUACCCAAGAGUCGUACACAAAGUCUAUCCAGAGACUGUAAACGCUUACAUGAAAGACACCGUUCGGCCAUUUAUCGAAACGUGUAUCAAUGAAAGUCGGGUAAUUAUGAAGGUUUUCAAUGAGAAACUGGGUCUUCCUGAAGGCACAUUGCUCGAUCUGCACGACCAUACGAAGCCGUGUAUUUCUGAGACAAGGUGUAUCAAAGUACCUGCUGCACCGAAGGAUACGAAGAUUGCCCUUGGGCAACACACAGAUUUUGGAAGUCUUUCAUUCCUUGCUAACAGGUUAGGUGGAUUACAAGUUCUUAUUUCUGACAACGAAGGCGAGCAGUGGAAAUACGUGAAGCCAAUUGAAGGACACUUUAUUUGCAAUAUUGGAGACACUCUCAGUAUUCUGAGUGGUGGUAUCCUCAAAUCAUGCACUCAUCGUGUCCUGCCUCCUCCUGGUCCUCAAGCUGGCCACGAGAGAUGGUCGCUCGUAUAUUUCUUGAGACCUACCAACGAUGUUUACCUCGAAGCACUUGUGAGCAGGAGCUCACUCAUAGCAGAGGCUGUUCGGAAUGCUCCAGAUAAAGCAAAUGCAUUUCCUGAAAUGACGGCGGCCCAGUGGUUCGUCAAAAAACAAUCUCAGCACAGAACCGACAAAGACAAGGGUGUUGAAAGUCUACUUGCUUCGGGUCCGAAAAAUUUUGAGGGCUCGACAUACUGA